GCGGCGGUAGCAGCAGCAGUGAGUAAACUGAUGAUGAGUGAGCCGACCCAACUCAAUCCCCAUCAUUCCGGGGCAGCUCCAAGUUGCAAAUCAUUUGUGACAAAUGGAUGUAAAGCAAUCUGCAUACAAAGAGCAAGGUGUAAUCUACAGCUCAAUUUGGGUUGAGUUAUUUGUUUUCAAGUAAGGUGCCAAGAGUGGAGAAGGAAAAAAUAUGUUGCAGUUGGCAGAGUUGGUGUAUCUUCUGGUUUAUCUGUGUACAAUAUGGAAUAUGUUCACAUCUUUCAGGGUUUGUGAAGCUAUUCCAUUGCAGUCAGAAAGAAAUACAACAAGUAUUUUGCAACCAAGACCUUGCUGGGAAAAAGAAGAAUUCAGCAUUAUAAGAGAAUGCACUCCAUGCAGUGACUAUGAAAAGACGGUGCAUGUGGAAUGUACAUUUACUGGGUUUGUGGAAGAAGUAAAGUGUACAUCAGACCAUAAGUAUAGGAGCUGUCGUUCAGUUGAAAUGGAAGAGCUGAAGUUCUGGAAGUUCGAAGGAAUUGUGGUUUUGGUGGGGGUAAUUUUUGCCAUCAUUGUUAUGUUUAGACAAAGGACCCUAGAUAGACGUGCUGAACAAAAAGUGCGACGGCAACUUGAGUCAAUUUAAGUUUUUCACAAUUUUAUUGAUGUUUGAGAGUUUUGAAAGAGAAGUAACUUGCUUUGUGAAUUAACUUUUCUUCAAAUGCUGAUCCUCAGUGUUGUUUAUUCUACAUUCAUGAUCGUACCCAUGUGCAUUGCAGAAAUGCAAGAGUUCACAUUUUUUUUACUUCAAAUACUACUGCAGCUUUCAAGAUGGUUACAAAUGUUGAGCUGUAACUAUCUGAAGAAGCCAUUACUGGUUAGACAUUUGCAAUAUGUAUAAUAUUUAUAUAUGGAGAAGUUAUUGUAAUAUAAAAGCUCUAUUUAUGUAGAAAAUUAAUAAAUUGGAUGGAAAUGGUCUGAUCAGUAUAUUGUUUUACCAAAUAUGAUAUUUAAUUUAAAGUAUCUUUUCCUUUUGUACACAACUAAUAAAACUGCACAUUGGCACUGAUUUCAAUUUACAAUUCUUGUACUAGUCUUAACUACUUUGUACUUUGUGCUGCACUUUGUUUGUAUUCCUUCCCCACUGUGUCCCUUCUUUCCCCAUAGGAGUGUAAUCUAAAUAUUGUAAUAAAUGCAGUUUUGAAUGCA